AUGACAACAUGCGGGUCAUCAUCUGGUGUGAAGGAAGUUCUGUCCGCACUCAAGGUCUUCGAUGAUUACUGCGCAAUUGGCGUAGAGGCGGGAUUGGCUUCUAUAAGGCCAGCGACCACUUCGGCUGGAUCACCGGAUUCAACAGGAGUAAUGGCUCCUAGAACAAUAAGCAUGAUGGAUUCUGAUGCUGAAACGGACUACUCGCCAACCUUCACACCUGCUUCGCCCCCCUCGAGCAUUGGCGUCGGCGUCCCUGAUGACGACGCCAAAUCCACUUCGCUUACACCCCGCCUCGGUCAGACCUACAUGAUCAGGUCCGUCGCAUCCGGGGCUGUCAUCACACUUGUAGGGGGAGACAUUGUGCUAGCGCUGCCGGACGGCCAUGCGUCCCAUUGGGUGUGCGCGGAAGCUGAUAGUGAUGGUUGGCUCGGAUUCUGCAAUGCUGUCUCGGGACGCUUCCUUGGUCGAGACAGUAGCUGGAGCCUCAGUUGCUACGCUACGCGGUUUCGUGGAUGGGAAAAGUUCCGCGUGCGUGAGAGGCCUAGAGGAGGGUGCGUCUUGCUCAUGACGAGUUGGCGGACGCUGCGGCCUGUGGGGAUGAAUGUAGAGAAUGGGAAAGGGAAAAGCAUGCUAGCAAUGAUUGAAAACUGGGACGCUGACGAGCUGAUCUGGGAAUUCGUCAAGGUCUAGUGUUAUAAAGCGGG